CCGCAUAAAAACACCUCGUGCACGUCUUCAAUGGCUUCACGAGUUCCUGAACGCAACUCUCACUUCAACAGGCAGGACGGAGACCACCGGGACCCCAAGACACACAACGUGUCCUUUUGCUCUGACCCUUUACCGUGAUUUUUUCCUUUGUUUUUGGAGGGUGUUUUUUUUGUAAAAGAAGCGGCGGUGGAUUUAAAAAAUAAAAAAAGUCGAAGACGAAGGGAGCAGCAGGCUUUUCUUAAGCCGUAUUCACAGACGCUGAAGCGGAUGAAUGUUUGCACCUCGUAGGUCUACAUCUCCUGUUGGAGUAAAAUGGCCACUGAUGAGAGUCUCUGCGCCAGUUCCUCUUAACAGCCAAGCAGAGCUCAGCCAGGACUGAGGUGGUCUGAGCUGUAUGCUGGGGGGCAGUGAUGAUCACGUCCCACAUGAACGGUUAUGUGCAGGAGGGCUCUGGCCAGGCCGCCGGCCACAAGGAGCGGGCGGUGGACUGUCCCGGCGACGAGAGCUGCCUCGUCAAGCCCGCGCACUGCAGCGCCCAAAUGGAGAGAAUUCAGCACUACCAGGACGAGCUGAGGAAGAGGAGGGAAGAGGACGGCCGGGGGAAGCGCGACAUCGACCCCGACGCUUCACUGAGGCUCAAGAAGCUGGCGCAGAACCCAAAAGUGGGCGUCGACAAUCCCACCUUCGAGGGGAAGGAGAAUGCUACCGAAGACGCACAUUCCCAGGCUCUGCUUGCUGAGCCGGAGGAGCUGCUGCAGGCCGUCAAGUGGGUGCAGCAGUGCGUGACUGACGCUCAGAGCCAGCAGGAUGCGGAGCUGCUGCUCCAGCUGCUUGCACAGGACGACUUCAAGUGCGCCUACAGCAUCUACACUGUUGUGUCCCAAAAUAUGAACCGAGUCAACCCCACCUCGCCCCUCACGGUGCAAGCUCAAGAGCUUUGCCAAGAGGUCCAGAAGAUCCUGCAGUCCAGCCAACAGAGGGAAGGCUUGGAGCUCAGGGCUCUGCUCACCAACCCUCAUCUCCAGGCGCUGAUGCAGGCACAUGACAGCUUGGCUGUGCAGGAAAUGGCAGAGGACAAUGUGAUCCAGUAUCUUGGAGAAAGUGUCAAAAUGGUGCGGUUGCAUAAGACCCGUGACACUCCACUGGGUGCGACCGUGCGUAAUGACAUGGACAGCGUGGUGGUGAGCCGUGUGGUGAAAGGGGGCACUGCGGAGCGGAGUGGCCUGCUCAACGAGGGGGACGAGAUCCUGGAGAUUAACGGAGUUUCCGUUCGGGGGAAGCACGUCAACGAAGUUCACGACUUACUGCAACAAAUGCAUGGCACUUUGACCUUCCUCCUCAUCCCGAGCUCUCAGAUUAAACCUGCCCCACACAGACAGACUGUGAUGCAUGUACGAGCUUACUUUGACUACAACCCCUCGGAUGACCCUUUCGUGCCAUGUCGGGAGCUGGGCCUGUCUUUCCAGAAAGGGGAUAUUCUCCACGUCAUCAGCCAGGAUGACCCCAACUGGUGGCAAGCCUACAGGGAUAGAGAUGAGGAAAACCAGUUACUGGCUGGACUCAUUCCAGGGAAGUGCUUCCAGCAACAGAGAGAGACCUUGAAGAGAACUGCACCAGACAGGAGUAGAGAACAACAAGGGAAACGUUGGUAUGUGAAGAAAAACAAGAAACAGAAGAAGAAAAGCACAUCCCCUCUGAGCAAGAACACUGAAUGCGAUGACGUCCUGACCUAUGAGGAGAUGUCUCUCUAUCACCAGCCUGCCACCCGCAAACGUCCCAUCGCUCUGAUCGCUCCGACGAACAGCGGCCACGACGAGUUGCGUCGUAGGUUACUCGCCAUUGAACCAGAAAAGUUUGCCGUUGCCGUCCCACACACGACCAGAAGCACGAGGAUACACGAGCGAAACGGGCGCGAGUACCACUUUGUGAGUCGAGCCGGCUUCGAGGCCGACUUGUCUGCGGGGAAGUUCAUCGAGUCCGGCGAGUACGAGAAGAACCUUUACGGAACCAGCACGGACUCUGUGCGACACGUGGUCAACUCUGGACGCAUCUGUUUGCUCUGCCUGCACACCAGGUCGUUGAAGGUGCUGAGGUCCUCCAACCUCAAGCCCUUCGUCAUUUUCAUUGCUCCUCCUUCUCAAGAACGACUGCGCACCCUACUGGCUACCGAGGGAAAAACACCUAAGCCGGAGGAGCUCAAGGAGGUCAUCGAGAAGGCUCGCGAGAUGGAGCAGGACUUCGGCCACGUUUUCGACGCCACCAUCGUGAACGCGGAGCCAAACGAGGCUUUCUUCGAAUUGCGCAAGCUCAUUGAGAAGCUGGACACCGAGCCUCAGUGGGUGCCCACCUCUUGGCUCUGCUAAGGGUGCCACAUGCACGUUCCUGAAGGCUGCAGUUGAAGGACAAGACGGUACAGUUUUCAUUUGCACAUUUCCUCGUUUGUUCUGAAGAGAUGGACUCUGGUUUCUUUUUGUCUGUGUGUCUCUUUUGUGUGUGAUGUUUUGUUUUUGGUUUUCCUCUGCUUUAGCCAUUUAUGAAACAUAGACAUAUCUUAAUAUUUAUAAUUGUAAAUACAGAUUUUCUAGAAAAAAUGUAAACAUUUUACUUCUAAAUUGUAUGUGUACAAUGGGAGUGUCAAAAUUAUAUAAUUGUCCAUUUGUUGAUAGACAUGCAGUUAUUUCUUCUUACCGCAAUCAGUGUAAUUUUGUUUUAUUUUGUUUGUGUUCUAUUGACAAAACACAUCUAUGAUGACUGGUUAUUAUUAAACAGUAUAUUAUACUGCAGAA